GGAAGAGGCGCUCGGAGCGGGGAGUGGGGCCUAGCCGCAGCCGGAUCCUGGGAGACGAUGCAUCACUGUAAGCGAUACCGCUCCCCUGAGCCAGACCCGUACCUGAGCUACCGAUGGAAGAGGAGGAGGUCUUACAGUCGGGAGCACGAAGGGAGGCUGCGGUAUCCGUCUCGAAGGGAGCCUCCGCCCCGGAGAUCUCGGUCCAGAAGCCACGACCGCCUGCCCUACCAGAGGAGAUACCGGGAGCGCCGCGACAGUGACACAUACCGGUGUGAAGAGCGGAGCCCAUCCUUUGGAGAGGACUGCUAUGGAUCUUCCCGUUCCCAUCAUCGUCGGCGGUCGCGGGAGAGGGAGCCGUACCGGACCCGCAAGCACGCCCACCACUGCCACAAACGCCGCACCAGGUCUUGUAGCAGCGCCUCCUCGAGAAGCCAACAGAGCAGUAAGCGCAGCAGCCGGAGUGUGGAAGAUGACAAGGAGGGCCACCUGGUGUGCCGGAUCGGCGAUUGGCUCCAAGAGCGAUAUGAGAUCGUGGGGAACCUGGGUGAAGGCACCUUUGGCAAGGUGGUGGAGUGCUUGGACCACGCCAGAGGGAAGUCUCAGGUUGCCCUGAAGAUCAUCCGCAACGUGGGCAAGUACCGGGAGGCCGCCCGACUAGAAAUCAAUGUUCUCAAAAAAAUCAAGGAGAAGGACAAAGAGAACAAAUUCCUGUGUGUCUUGAUGUCUGACUGGUUCAACUUCCACGGUCACAUGUGCAUCGCCUUUGAGCUCCUGGGCAAGAACACCUUUGAGUUCCUGAAGGAGAAUAACUUCCAGCCUUACCCCCUACCACACGUCCGGCACAUGGCCUACCAGCUCUGCCACGCCCUUAGAUUUCUACAUGAAAACCAACUGACCCACACAGACUUGAAGCCAGAGAACAUCUUGUUUGUGAAUUCUGAGUUUGAAACCCUCUACAAUGAGCACAAGAGCUGUGAGGAGAAGUCAGUGAAGAACACCAGCAUCCGAGUAGCUGACUUCGGCAGUGCCACCUUUGACCAUGAGCAUCACACGACCAUCGUGGCCACCCGUCACUAUCGCCCACCUGAGGUGAUCCUUGAGCUGGGCUGGGCCCAGCCCUGUGACGUCUGGAGCAUUGGCUGCAUCCUCUUUGAGUACUACCGGGGCUUCACCCUCUUCCAGACCCACGAGAACCGAGAACAUUUAGUGAUGAUGGAGAAGAUCCUGGGGCCCAUCCCGUCGCACAUGAUCCACCGUACCAGGAAGCAGAAAUAUUUCUACAAGGGGGGCCUGGUUUGGGAUGAGAACAGCUCUGAUGGCCGGUAUGUGAAGGAGAACUGCAAACCUCUGAAGAGUUACAUGCUCCAGGACUCCUUGGAGCACGUGCAGCUGUUUGACCUGAUGAGGAGGAUGUUAGAAUUCGACCCUGCCCAGCGCAUCACACUGGCCGAGGCCCUGCUGCACCCCUUCUUUGCCGGCCUGACCCCCGAGGAGCGGUCCUUCCACACCAGCCGCAACCCAAGCAGAUGACAGACGCAGGCCACCACGUGCGAUGGAGAGCGGGACUGGGCUGCCCGGCCCCUCUUCUCCAACCUCCACCACCACCGGGCCCCAGGGCCAGAGCCACCAAACGAACAGUGCAAUGUGAAGGAAGGCAGGAGCCCGCAGGGGAGGGGACUUGAUACCCGGCUGCCAGAAAGCACAGAUUUGACCCAAGCUAUUUAUAUGUUGUAAAGUUAUAAUAAAGUGUUUCUUACUGUUUGUAACCCCUGGUA